AUGUUUAGCUGUCCGGAAGGCGAAAAGACGGACAGCAAGCGAGUAGCUAGCAAUGAACUCGGAACUGGAAACGAGGGCACAUCUCUCGAAGAUUGCAAAGAUCUGGUCUGUUUUUCUUCGCAAUAUUCGCAAGAUCAGAAAAAAUAUAUGGAUCUAUCACCAGACCUGUCAUCUCCAGCGUCUGACAGUGCUGCCGGCGCUCAAGCGUUGCUAGCCCUCAGCACCAUACAGGAGACUUCUCGUCAACCUGAGCCUGGGAAGUUAUCAGCAAAGGCUCAGGCCAGGCUGGAUGCCAAAGCAGCUGCUGAAGAGGCAGCAGUCCAGCGAAGAGCUGCUGAACGAGCAGCAAUUGCCGAAGAGAAGAGAGCUGAACGAAGGACCGCAGAGCGAGCUGCUGAUCGAGCUGCUGCCAAAGCCGCCAAAGCUGCUAUCACAAAGGCACAAACGCCUGCCAGCCCUAUCGUGAUAGAGGGCGAGGAUGAGAGCGAUGAUGCUGAGCAGGCUGAGGACCCCGAGGCUAUCGAGAUUGCUACUCCAGCAGAGGUCCGCAUCGACUGGCAUUACCCUCCUCAUCGGCGCGCACAGUUUCGAGGAAUCGCGCCUCCAGGAGUGCUCACAAAGAGGUUUGCUGGCGUGCCUUGUUUCCUCGACAUCGUUAUCAAGGAUGCCUUAACUGCCUGGCUGGACGAACAAACCAUACGAGUUGCUCGAGUUGUAGAAGGACGAACUGUUCGUGCUAAAUACAGCUUUGCCAGGAUCGUCGUGGGCAGAGGAAAUACCAUCCAUCGAGGCGAGAAGAUCCAUUGCGACGAGGUAAUGAACGACGAUUUUCGCAGUGCUGCACAACAAAUUAGCGAUGUCCUGCUCGAUAGGAAGAAUCCCCAUUGGCUUAUCAUCACAUAUACCUUCAACCUCGAGGUCAGCGGCAGCAGAUAUGUCCCUCAUGCUCUAUCCAGAGGACUCCCUCCAGCUGCAGCUGGCCAGCUAGCAGCAGAUACUCAAGUCGCCAUCGAAGCGGAAGCCAGCGAGUUCAACGAUCUCUUCACGCCUGCAAGCACAACAGCACGAGCGCUCCAGACGCCAGGAACAGCUCGCUCGCGCUCAAAAGCCUCGAGUCUGUACGAGCAGAUCAAUGCCGAGAUCGCCAGCCAGAGGGACCUCCACAGGCAGCUCAAUAUCCAUUGGCAAUGCCGUGAUCCUAUACGCUAUACCAACAACAGAAACAGUACCAAGUUUGCUGUACAUUGUUGGGUCGAGCCUGAUGGUCGUCAUCUGAAGCUUGAUCAACAGGACCUGAUGCAAUGGGCAGAGAAGAUCGCGAACAAGGCUGAAAAGGCUGAUGUUGACCAUAUUCCACUUAGUAUAUAUCGCCAGAUCCUCGGUCGUGCUAUCUUCCGUGCACAAGCAACCUCGAGCACUGGAGAUAGCCUUGCAUCCAGCUCAACAGCUGAAGCAGCGCCAGCAUCAGGUAUAUGGGAAGACCUCCUAGGCAGAAGAGGGAAGGCACGCGCUGGGAAAAGCAACAGCUCUAUCGGCGGCAAUAUCAUCAAUAUCAACGGAGGAGGAGAUCCUGCGAUGCUGGCGCAGUUGCUUCAAGGGCAGCUGAACAGACCCGAGUCGACGAUGCCCUCAUUCCUGCCGCCAUCAGCCCCUCCGAUGAUGCCUCCCUCUGUAUAUACAUCUUAUCAGAUGCCUGGAGCUGGGCCUUCCUCGAGAUAUACGCCUUCUCAGGCGCCAACUACGCCACCAGGCCGGCUAAUCGUGAUAUUCUCUUCGAGCCCUGUCGUGCCAGAAGGGCUUGAUAUAGAUGGCUUUAUGGACGAGUUCUUCAGGGUACUUCGACGGCGCAAGGCUCGAGAUCUGGUGGAGGCUGAGGCUGUUCGUCGCAUGGAAGAGAGGCUAGCUCGCGAGAAUAUUGCCCUCAGCAAGCUUGGCAGCGUGCCAUAUGGCUGGUACGAUACACAUGGCAUUGAAACACGCACUGUCAACCUGAUGCGUCAGUUUCUAAAGGAGUUCCUCAUCGAGAAGGGUGGGAAUAGCGUCAACUUAGCUGAUCAACAGCCUAGAACCCCUUCUGUCUCGCGACAGCCUGAUCAACAGCCUGUACCGCCUUCGCAAGCGACGACAGCAUCAGCAGCUUCGCCUGGAUGGCAUCGAAUGCCUGGAUGGCGAGAGGAUUCGUUGCUUCGCGAUAGUCAGGUGCCGUUGCCAUCUUAG